CCAUCAUUGAAAAUUAAAUCACUAUUUCCUAAUCUUAAAUAAACUAAAGAUUUUUCCACUUUAAACUUCCAAGCUCAUAAACUCCGCAGCAAAAUGCUGGAAACAAGGUGAGAAAAAAGUGUGAAAACAAACCAAAUUAUUAUACACACACUUUCCCACUUGGAUUUCCAUUUCCCAAGUGAAAGAAGAAUCCAAGGAUAAACAAACAAACAAAUCAACCCCCCAAAUUUCCUCUCUUUUCAUUUUGUCCACUUUUUCUACCUAAAUUAUACCCAAAACAAAAGUGGCAAAUUAAAGUUUUGAAAUUUAAUUUUAGUGGGUAGAUUAGAUGGGUGAGUAUUAUAAUAGAUCCAAGUCAUAUGUAGAUGGAAGAAUGGAUAUGGAGAAUUAUUACAUUGAAAAUGGAAAUGGGUGGGAAAAACCCACAAAUAUUGGAGCAUCAAAUUCAUCAAAUAAUGUUGGAUUUCAAGAACUAAGAUGUUAUAGUGCUUCAUAUGCAACUUCAGCAACAAUAGAGCAGCAACAAGUAAGUACCCAGAUGCCAAAAGAGCUGAAAAAAGGUAAAAGUGUAAAUGCAUCAUCAAAAGCAGGAUGGUUGUUUAAUGACCCAGAAUUGCAAAGAAAGAAAAGGGUUGCUGGUUAUAAAGCUUAUGGUGUUGAGGGCAAACUCAAGAGGUCUUUUACUAGAAGCUUUAGAUGGCUCAAAGACAGGUACUCUCACAUAGUUCAUGGUUGUUUUGACUGUAAUUGGUGCGCCUUUAUAUAUGGGAAGAACAUCAGAUUUGACAGAUUCAAGCUGUAGAUGAUCAGUUAUUUGUUUUUUAGGCUAAAUGCCUAAAUUAUGUGUGCUUGGAACUUGGAAAGAAUCAAAAGGGUAUCUGUUUUUGUGGAAAUAGAUUUGCUUAUUGUGGUGGAUCUACUCUUUUGUCUACACUUGAUAUAUUACAUUCAGCAGGUGGAGGGUUUUUGCCUGCUUAAGUUUUUUUAUAGCAUAGUUAAGGUGUGAAAAUUAAACUCAUUUGUUGUUAUUGUUAUAUAUUGGGAAGAUGAAUGUUUCACAAGUA